CCCUGUCUUGUUGUCCAAAAACUUGCAUGAAAUCGAUUUGAGUGGAAAGGCUAGCUUGCUAUUCUACAUUGACUCAUAUGUCAAGUCCACAAUCUUGGGAGUGUGCAUUUUAAGAGAAUAGGUUGAUUCUUGGGGUACAGCAAUGUCUAAAAGUGAGACAGAGGAGAUGAUAGAGAUUGAGAUCGAUGGACAGGAGAAACAGGAGUGCCUGGAGGAGGGGGUUGAGGAGCAGACCAUUACAUCAGCCGAUCUGAUCCAACAGGACAUCGACAUCAAUGAGCCAAUCGGUAACCUGAAGAAGCUCCUGGAGCCUCGUAUCCAGAUGUCAUUGGAUGGAUAUGAAAUCUGUCUACAGGACAUCCAGCUGCAUCCAGACCACAGCCUCUUUGAUCAAGGAGUGAAGACAGACGGCACAGUGCAACUCAGUCUACAGAUCAUCACAAAGCCAGGCGAGGAGAAGCUGAACAUCCUGGAGAUCGUGAAGCCGGUGGAGACUGUGGAGGUGGUGAUCGACCCGGAUGUUGCAGGGGAGGAGGGCACCCUGAUGGAGGAGGGCCAGCUGAUUGCUGUGGAGCACUCCUCCCUGUCAGAUGACACCUCAGAGCAGGUGACACGCUGGGCCGCCGCCCUGGAGGGCUACCGCAAGGAACAGGUCCGUCUGGGGAUACCCUACGACCCAGAACAGUGGACGGCGGACCAGGUGAUCCACUGGGCCGUGUGGGUGAUGAAGGAGUUCAGCAUUGACGAGAUGGAGGUGGGAGGGAUUCACAUCCCGGGUCACGACCUCUGCUCCUUCACCCAGGAAGAGUUCCUGCAAAGGGUCCCCAGUGGAGAGAUCCUUUGGAGCCACUUAGAGCUGCUCCGCAAGUAUGUGUUGGCCAGUCAGGACCAGUCUGGCCAGGAGGCCACAGUCACCAUUGACCAACAAGUCCAGAUCAUCCCAGCUGCCGUGCAGACCACACCCACCACUAUCAAGGUACUGAAGCAGAACCGCGGCCCCAGAACACCCCGCAUCUCAGGAGGAGAGGAGCGCAGCUCACCUGGCAACCGUACAGGUAACAACGGUCAGAUCCAGCUGUGGCAGUUCCUGUUGGAGCUGUUGACGGAUAAGGAUGCUAGAGACUGUAUCUCCUGGGUGGGAGAGGAGGGAGAGUUUAAACUCAACCAGCCUGAACUGGUGGCCCAGAAAUGGGGCCAACGCAAGAACAAGCCCACCAUGAACUAUGAGAAACUCAGCCGAGCGCUCAGGUAUUACUACGACGGGGACAUGAUCAGCAAGGUGCAGGGCAAGCGCUUUGUCUACAAGUUUGUGUGCGACCUGAGGACUUUGAUUGGCUACAGCGCUGCUGAGCUCAACAACCUGGUGACUGAGUGUGAGCAGAAGAAGCUGGCCCGCAUUCAGCUGCACGGGAUUGGCCAGCCCAUCACCACGGUGACACUGGCCACCUCAGCACAGGACAGCUGAGGGGGAGGGGCAUGGGGCUCCAUGACUGCCCCAGGUAGAAGUUGCCCACUGGCACAAAUCUAGGAUCAGAUUACGGUGACCAGCCCUAAGCGUUACAUUAAUAGGUGGAAAUGAUGAACAGACUUUAGAUCCAUGUCUAUGGGCAACUUCGUCCUUUUCCUUUUGGUUUGAUUGGGGAGGUUGUUUUCUUAUUUUAACCAGGGAAGAGAUGCUUGUUGGAGGGAGUGUAUGUGUGUGUGUGUAUAUGAGUGUCUGAGAGGUGGAGUGUUUGUGUAUGCUGGAAAAUCAAAUGAGCUUAACAUUUUCUGUUCCUUUAUCUGUUGCUUAGUAUAGUUUCCAUUGUAUAUACCGGUACUCCAUGUUUUUGAUAGUCACAAGGGAAGUGUAUUUUCAUAUUUUCCAUUUAUAAAAGGACCAGUUUUGUAUUUUAUUUGAAGCUUUUUUCCUCCUAAUGAGUUGGACCUUUAUCGUCCACCAGGGGAAAUAAAGUGGCAGAUGUUUUCCUAA